UCCUCCUCUGCAAAAAAAGCAUCUCAAGCUUCUCCUCCAUACUCCAUACUCCAUACUCCAUACUCCAUACUCAAGAAGGGCCAGUUUCCAGAAAUGGAACCUUUUCCAUCUCAGCGUCUCUGAAACCUCAAAGGGUUUCCUUCCAUGUUUCAGAGGCUCAGAGUUACUGUUUCAGUUGGAAACAAAGGCAAUUGAUCUUACUGAAUCAGAUUCUUUCAGUUCUCUAACAUGGGUUUAGGGUUUUGAUUUCUUUCAUUGCCUUUGAUUGAGUCUGGAUCUUUAUGUAUGGACUUUAGAAUGGUAGAGAAGUUCAGCAAGUGAUAAUUUUGAAAUGGGAUUCAACUACCUUUUCAAAAUCUUUAUUGGUUCUCUCUCUGCAAUUUUUGUGGUUGGUCUUGUAUACAUUAUCUACUUCGUUUGUAAGAGAAAGUGGAAAGAUGAGUAUUCAGAGAGGCGGUGUUCUGAGAGGAAAGAAGAUUAUGAAGUGGAAACAGAGGAUUUGUUCAGUUUCCCAGGUGUUGAGAAUCUGACAAUCCAUGACAUCUUGGAAGCUCCCGGCGAAGUUGUGGGGAAAUCAAGGUAUGGAACACUCUAUAAGGCUACUGUAGAAAGGCUCAAUUCGGUUGUGCUGCUUCGAUUUCUUAGGCCAACCUGCACGAGAAGGUUGAAAGAGAUUCUUCCUGCAAUUCAAAUGCUGGGUUUUAUCAGGCAUCCCAAUUUAGUGCCUCUUCAGGCGUUCUAUGCAGGGCCAAGAGGAGAGAAGCUUUUUGUCCAUCCCUUCCUUAGCCAUGGCAAUCUGGCUCAGUUCAUUCGAGAUGGAAAUGGUGAAUCACACAAAUGGGCUGUCAUUUAUAGGAUCUCACUUGGAAUUGUCAGAGGAAUUGAUCAUCUACACUAUGGAUUGCCAUUUCCCAUUCUCCAUGGAAAUCUGAAGUCAAAGAACAUUUUGCUUGACGAGAAUUAUCAACCUUAUGUGUCAGAUUUUGGCCUGCAUCUUCUAUUAAAUUCAUCAGUCAGCCAAGAAAUUGUUGACAUUUCUGCAAGUCAAGGGUAUAAAGCCCCUGAGCUCAUGAAGAUUAAGGAAGCAAGCAAAGAGAGUGAUAUAUACAGCCUAGGGGUCAUUUUACUUGAAAUACUUACAGGGAAGGAACCUAUUGGUGCAAAUGCAUCUUCUAGUCCGGAUGUGUAUCUCCCAAACUCCAUGAGAAAAGCAAUCCUUGAACAUAGAAUAUCAGAUAUGUUUCACCCCAAUAUACUUAUUAACAUAGGCAAUGAUCAAAACCCAAUUACAGAGGAACGCCUUCUCAUGUUCUUUCAGUUGGCAAUGGCUUGUUGUUCUCCUUCCCCUGCUUUGAGACCAGAUAUCAAGCUAGUCUUCAAAAAGCUUGAAGAAAUUGGGCCCUGAUGACAAUUUUCUGGUUUCUGUCUCGAUGUGAACAUGAUCCAGAUGGUAGAAAUGCAUGGAUAAAAAUAUUUCCAUGAUUUAAUGUGGACAGGGUGGAUGGGGGCUUUUUGCCGAGAGUGAUUGUUAUGGGUAUUGUUAUGGGUAAGGCCAUAUCUGUGGAUGAGGAAGCAGGACAGCUCUUGAAUGUCAAUUAAAAUUCCAGCCAUCAGAAGAGGAUGUUAAAAUUUAAAUUGAAUUGAUGAUUGGAUGUGUUGGGUUCAAGCUUUUGUUUAUUGCCAAGAAUCAAGUACCUCAGGAUUGUAGAUUCAGUCAUGACCCAGAUUGGAUAUUGUCGAUUCGACACCAACAUUACAGCGAGGAAGAACGAAGUAGGACAGCCAUAAAAACUCAAGAAGGUUUGCUUCAAUAAACAAAGAAACUUUAACCCUGAAUUGGGAGUUUACACAGGUUAGUUGAAGGUUGAAGUAGAGUUCAAAUGAAUUUUGAAGGUUAACCAACAGGAAGAAAGAUGUAAAUUAAUGUUCUGAAUUUUUCUGUACCAUUGAUAUCAGGCUACUUAUGAAAUGCUUAAGAAUCCAUUGAUGAUACUGCUUCAUUUGUUUCUC